AUGAAGCGCACAAUCGAAGAUGAUGAUGCUAGAGAUCAUGUUAGCACGGAGUUGCCGGAGAGCUCGAUGUUAGGUGACGUAUCUCCUGGAGCUUCAGCUAGUCCAGCAGGUUCUGGGGUCCCCAUGACAUUUCGGUGUCGACGGAAGACAUCGUCGAGUCGACGGGCAGUAGCGAUGUGUCCUGUGGAGUGUGGCAUUUACUUAUAUACCAGUGAUGGAUCCUACAUCAAUGAAUGGUUUGAGCCGUCGUUGCCUGGAUAUGCAAUUUCGGUACGGCAGCAAGGGAGUCGUGACAUGCAUUCGAUUGAGUUCAAGACGAUGGAGUUGGUGGGACGAUUCUUGAAGGCAUUGCCGACAGCGCGUGACGACGAACCAGUGCCACGAGUUGUUGGGCAAUUGGCUGAGCUCGCUCAAUUGCAAUGGGCUCGUGGCAAGGGUCCGACUUGGCCAUUGACCUUGUUUGCAGGAGGAGAAGAUGCCGUGACAGAAGGACUUCGUCACAUUGAAGCUGUGUCGACAUUCUUGCGAGGAGAUAGUUCGCAGGUGAGCUUGGUGAUCACGCCUUUCAUAGAUGUAAAUCUUGACUGUUACAAGAACAGUGCUGGAUGUCCUGUUGUGAUCCGGGACCGACAAGUGGGUGGAUCACUGGUAGAUCUAGCACCUCCAUGUGGUGGGGAGCAUUUGUGUGUGUCAGUGCACAUGUUGCCAGGCUUACAGCAGGAGUUUGUGAUGAGUGUGAAAGGAGCAACAUGGCCCAUUCGGCAUGAGCUCGCGGCUCUCGGAUGUCCUCGAGAAGAACAACAAGAUGGAAGUUGGCAACAUCGGACUCCAGCUUUGAAUAUGACAGACCGUCGUGUGUCAACUUUGGUGGAGUUUCUGAAGCGGACAUUCUUCGUGGUCAUGUUCGCGGACUCAGUUCCCACAUCGAUCCGAGCCAUAUUCCAAGGGAUUUAA